AUGGCAGGAUUGAAGACGUUUGAUGCUUUUCCGAAGACUGAAGAACAAUACAAGAAGAAGUCCACCAAGGGUGGCUUAACUUCCUUGUUAACAUAUCUGUUUCUGUUAUUUAUAGCAUGGACCGAGUUCGGCGAAUACUUUGGUGGUUAUAUCGACCAGCAGUACGUAGUGGAUAGUCAAGUUAGAGAUACCGUCCAAAUCAAUAUGGAUAUAUACGUCAAUACGAAAUGUGAUUGGCUGCAUAUCAAUGUCAGAGACCAAACAAUGGAUCGGAAACUUGUAUUAGAGGAACUGCAAUUGGAAGAGAUGCCUUUCUUCAUUCCUUAUGACACGAAAGUUAAUGAUAUUAAUGAAAUUAUUACGCCUGAAUUGGAUGAAAUCUUAGGAGAAGCUAUCCCGGCAGAAUUUAGAGAAAAACUAGAUACUAGGUCAUUUUUUGAUGAAAACGAUCCUAAUAAGGCACAUCUUCCGGAGUUCAAUGGUUGUCAUAUAUUCGGGUCUGUUCCGGUAAAUAGGGUUAGUGGUGAAUUGCAGAUCACAGCUAAGGGUUUAGGAUACAUGGAUUCACGCAAAGCACCACUGGAAGAUUUAAAGUUCAAUCACGUUAUUAAUGAGUUUUCUUUUGGUGAUUUCUACCCAUAUAUCGAUAACCCAUUGGAUAACACUGCGCAGUUUAAUCAGGAUGAACCUUUAACUACUUACGUCUAUUAUACAUCUGUUGUACCAACCCUUUUUAAGAAAUUAGGAGCAGAAGUGGAUACGAAUCAAUAUUCUGUUAAUGACUAUCGCUAUUUGUACAAAGAUGUCAGCACUAAAGGUGAUAAAACGCCGGGCAUCUUCUUUAAGUACAAUUUCGAACCAUUAUCCAUUGUUGUUUCUGAUGUUCGUUUAAGCUUCAUACAGUUUUUGGUGAGAUUAGUGGCAAUCUGCUCAUUUUUGGUUUACUGUGCUUCGUGGAUUUUCACACUACUGGAUAUGGCCCUUAUCACCAUAAUGGGACCCAAGUGGUCAUUGCGUUAUCAGCCGGAUGAUAAAACUAAGGGUAUUUUAGAUAGGUAG